UACUUUACAGCAUUCUGAUUCUGUUUCCAAUUUCUUUUUAAGCUUGGUCAUAUCUAUCGUUUGCACGCACGUUCGUCAUGCUAGAGGAGGACCACUUUGUUUAAAAGCCCCGAGCUUGUGCCCAACACAAGCACACCUUGUACUCAAGUAGUGUGUUCUUAGCAGCUCAUACUUCACUUCUUUGCAUCAAUUGCAGUGAUGAGCAACGACAGGAACCUGGAGGUGAAGCGCGAGGUGCCCGGUGAGUAUGGCGCACCCAUACUCGGCGCCGUGCUGGAUCGGCUGGACCGUUUCUACGGCAAGAAUUUCUUCGAGAAGCGGAGGGACGAGUACGGGAGCACUGUCUUCCGCGUCAACAUGCCCCCCGGGCCACCUUUCUUCCCCGAUUCCAAAGUCAUUGCGCUGCUGGAUCAGAAGAGCUUCCCUGUCCUGUUCGAUCUCACCCAGCACCACGACCGUUGGAUCCCGGAGCUCCGCGCGGCAGCGGCCGCCGGAUACGCCGAGUGGGACGCCGAGCGCAACAAGCCGAAGAAGUCCGGGGGGCUGCUGGGGGGGAUUGUCUCGGGGCUGUUCCCGGAUGAUCCCCUGGAGCUCAACCCUGUGCUGGGGAAGAUCGCGCUCCGAUUCCUGACCAAGACGGUGCUGGACAAGGAUGCAACCGAGGGGAAUGCGCUCACCGAGACCGGGAUCAAGCUGUGGACCGCGCCGCAGAUCGCCCCGGUGCUCAACGCGGGCCUGCCCGCCGUGAUCCAGGAGCCGCUGCUCCACACCGCGCCCAUACCCUUCAUCAUCGUGGCGCCCGAGUACCAGAAGAUCGUGCGCUUCUUUAAGGCCAACGGGGAGCGCGCGGUGUCGCUCGCGGUACCGCACGGUAUCGACCCCGACGAAGCCCUGCACAAUCUCAUCUUCUUCAUCUGUUUCAACACCUUCGGGGGGCUGACCAUUCUGUGGCCCGCGCUGUUCAAGCAUGUGAGCGACUUUAACGAGUUUGACCUGCAGGCGAAGCUGCGGGAGGAGGUGCGGCGUGCCGUGGGCGGCGGCGGCCUGGACGCCGCGGCGCUGGGCGGUAUGCCGCUGCUGCAGUCCACGGUGUACGAGGUGAUGAGGAUCGAGCCCCCGGUACAGUCGCAGUACGGCAGGGCCAAGGUGGACUUUGUCCUUGAGACGCACGUCGAGGCGUUCAAGAUCAAGGCCGGGGAGAUGCUGUACGGGUACCAGCCGCUGGUGACGCGCGACCCCGUGGUGUUUGAGGAGCCCGAGAAGUUCAAGCCUCGAAGGUUCAUGGGGGAGGAGGGGCAGCGCCUGCUGGAGCAUGUUUUCUGGUCGAAUGGCCCCGAGACGGGCUCGCCCAGCGUGGACAAUAAGCAGUGCCCCGGGAAAAACUUUGUGGUGUUGGUUACCAGGAUCUUGUUUGCGGAUUUCUUCCUCCACUACGAUUCGUUCAAGCUUGGGGAUGUGUCCAUCAGCGGUACCUCUUCGGUCUAUCCUUGCACCGAGCUCAAGAAGCGAGCAUGAAAUGAAAUGCUAUGUCUACAUGUGUGUCGUCUCUGCUCAUCAGCUUUCAUGCAAUUUCAAUAAAACCGGGGAUUACGUAUAACAGGGGAACAUUUUUUAUGUACACGUGCGGAUCAGAUAUUAUAUUUCUUCAAUUGCACACAA